UUUCGAAUUCAUAGCGGGGCGUUGGAUCAUACAAAUGUGUUUUGUACUCUAUUUGAAAGUAUGCUCAGCAGUGGACAAGAGCUUAAGAGAUGGUAGCAAUUAGACCGGAAAACUGGUUCAGACCAACAAUAUUGAUAUUUGUUGACAGACAUCAAUAGCGUAGAGUAUAUCAUUUAGGUUGGUUGAUGUUCUCUUUAUUAUUUUUUGAAUCGCCUUCCACAGGGAAGAGUAACUACUAAAAUAGUAUAGAAAACUACAAGGUGGAAAAGGUGGUACAGACCAACAAUAUUGGUUAUUGGUGACACUAUCUGUUACAAUAUGUCUGAAUGGGCAAAAGAUGAUGAUGAACUGUUCCAGGAUACAACUUUAGAUGACGACAGUGAUGAGGACGAUAACUAUGAUGAUAAUAACAAUGAUGAUCACAGCGAUGAUGACAACAUCAUCCACAAAACAGAAAAGCAUCUCAAUAAUCGGGAGAACAAAGAAAGAAGGAGAUAUGUGAUAACAAAAACGAUUGUUCUUGGCUUAAUCUGGAUGACUAGGGGGUGCUAUUCAGGACUGACCGUAGCGACAAUCCCAGAUCUAAAGUUAAGGGUUGGUUCCGAUUAUGAAGAGUUCUCACGGGCACUAGCGGCGGUUGGACUUGGCGUUUUCAUUUCUGCACCGUUAGGUGGUGUACUAGCAGAUAGAUGGGUUCGUGGUCGGGAUGCACAAAUCAUUACCUUUUUGGCACUUACUGCAAUUUUCACUGUGGUCAGGCCCUGGAUAACUAAUCUUUGGAUGUUUGGGGUUGUGAUGUGGUUGGAUGGAUUCGUGAAUGGAAUAUACGCCCCAGGGAAGAACAACAUGUUAGAUAAACUGUGGGGUUCUCGGAUAGGACUACCACGCCAUCUAAUGUCCGUCUGCCACGUGAUAGGAACUGUCCUUGCUCCAUUGAUAUGUCGGCCAUUUUUCUUGAUACAUGACGUCAACGAUGGUAGUGUCAAUUGUAAUGGCUCAAAUUACUCGAGAUGCCUUAAUGCUACAAAUAAAUGGCUGAAUCACACACAAAAUGCGAAUGAAGGAAAUAUAGAAACCAUCAAAGGAAAUUACCAACACAUUAUGAAUGACACGAAAAAUGUAGUUCCUAAUGGUAACAUUGCAGGGGAUAAUAUUGAGAUCAGUUCUCCAAUUGAAUACCCAUAUAUCAUCAUAUUUUCUUGGACGAUCGUCCCUAUAGUGCUCUUAGCAAUAUUUUAUUACCAUGACCCAACUUCAGGCCAAAAGUAUUACACUCAAAAUGGUGAAAUAAUCAAAAGUGCUUUUAAGAAAGAAACCCCAACGUGGAAGUCCAUAUUCUCGCCAAAGACAUGCGGACAAGGAAGUUCGGUAUUUGGAAUGGGAAUUAUCUUUGUACUUUGUUUGUAUUAUUUUACUUUGUCCUUCAAAGGUAGGCCUUUCCAUGAGUUUAUCAUGGCGUAUGCUGUUGAUAAAAUAGGAAUGGCGAAAGCGGACGUUGCAGUGAUGAUUGUGGUAGGACAUUUUAUAUCUAUCACAGCGGGGAUUAUAUGGGGCGCGCUAACUUGUUUCUUCCCGAUACAAGUCUUGCUAUUCGUUCAGAUUUUCUCGGAGCUGGCGAUUAUCAUUUACUUCAACUAUGUAGAGAUCCACACAACUGCUGGACUAUAUGCUUUCAUUGCAGCCACUGGUGUAUUUGGUGCUCCGAACUGGGCAACUGGAAUAACGUGGGGUUCUAGAUACCUCGAUCUUUGGUGUAUACAGUUAUUGGACUAGGUUCUUCAUCAGCACGUAUACUCUCCACAUGGGUGACUGGCUAUGUCCUGGAGUAUGGUGG